UUAGAGGAGCCACCAAAUUCCCCAGAUGCUGUGUGUUGUGUGUCAUAACUGAACUGUACAAUAAGAAACGUGCAUGCAAUAACUGUACGGCAUUUAUCAUCAUCGUCAUUGUUUACCUAUAAUAUAUUUUUAUGAUUCCGUAACAACGUUAUUUAUGCUUAUCGAAGUUAGAAUAUUUAGGAAACUUUCACUUCUAAAGCACGUUUCUUCUUCAAAUUUGAAUAUCAUCAUCAAUAAGAAUAACCCGGGCAUAGCAAGCUUCACCAUGUCCAGUACGGCACAGCAAGCAGUUAAAAGAAAUCAACCUGAUUGGACAGUGCCAGAUGGGGGUUUUAACACAAGACUAAAAUUAGUAAACAGUCUUACUAGAAAAAAAGAACUAUUUAUUCCGCAAAAUGGUCGUAAAGUGUUGUGGUACAGCUGUGGCCCCACUGUUUAUGACGAUUCUCACAUGGGCCAUGCCCGAUCUUACAUAUCAUUUGACAUAAUGAGAAGGCUGCUGAAAGAUUAUUUCAAGUAUGAUGUCUUCUAUGCAAUGAACAUCACUGACAUCGAUGAUAAGAUAAUCAGAAGAGCACGUAGGAAUUAUUUGUUUGAUGAGUACAAGAAGAAGUACAAGCCACUCGUGGAGAUUGUUCAGGAUGUCAUGCCCUCUGUUAAGCUCCUGUCCAAGAAAUUAUCCUCUGAGACAAACGAAGAUAAGAAGAACAUGUACGCCCGCAUGUACAACAAGGUACAACUUGCCAUAGAGAAGGUCAAUGACAACAAAGAUAACAACAUCGAUAAAGAGGUAUUAAUGGAAGAGUUCAGAGAUGUUCUCUCUGAUUGGUUGGAUGAAACAGAGGGUUCAAAGGUCACAGACAAUGCCAUCUUUGCCGAACUACCCAAAAAAUUUGAGGACGAGUUUCACAAAGAUAUGAUGGCCCUCAAUGUACAGCCGCCAGAUGUGCUGACGAGAGUCAGUGAUUAUGUGCCUGAGAUCAUUGAGUUUGUUCAGCAGAUCAUUCAAAGAGGAUAUGCAUAUGUUUCCAACGGCUCUGUAUACUUUGACACAAUAAAGUUCGAUCAGUCACCUAAUCACUUCUAUGCCAAACUGGUUCCCGAGGCGUAUGGAGAUGCAAAGGCCCUGGAAGAAGGAGAGGGUGACUUGAGUGUUUCGGAAGAUCGACUGAGUGAGAAGAAGAAUGCAACAGACUUUGCCCUGUGGAAGGCAUCCAAACCCGGGGAACCACUGUGGAACUCACCAUGGGGCAAAGGUCGACCAGGCUGGCACAUAGAAUGUUCCGUGAUGGCUAGCUGCAUUCUCGGGCAGUCCCUUGAUAUCCACACCGGGGGCGUCGAUCUCAAGUUUCCACAUCAUGAUAAUGAACUUGCACAAUCGGAGGCGAGGUACGACAACGACAAUUGGGUGCGGUACUUCCUGCAUUCCGGUCAUCUGACCAUCGCAGGCUGCAAGAUGUCCAAGUCACUCAAAAACUUCAUCACUAUCAAGGAGGCCCUCGGCAAAAAUACUGCUAGGCAACUUCGAUUGGUAUUUCUGUUGCACGCUUGGAACAAUACAUUAGACUACAGUGACGCCACGAUGAAGAUAGCAACUGCUUACGAGAAGACAGUUAAUGAGUUUUUCUUGAUGGUGAAAGAUGUAGUGAGGAAGCAGUCAGCUGGUGCCCUGGAGAGUUUUGUCAAGUGGACUGACAGGGAAGUUCAACUCAAUGACAAGUUUCAAGAAUGCAAGACUCUUGUGCACGAAUGCUUGUGUGACAACCUCGACACAAGAGGUGCACUGGAUAACAUAAGAGAACUGAUAAGUAGUAGUAAUAUAUACGUGGAUGUUGCAAGGAAGACAUUAGCAUCCAUCGAUGGAACGCUACUCAGGACUGUUGCUCACUACAUCACUCACAUGUUCAAGAUAUUUGGAGCAAUCGACGAUGACGAAACCAUCGGAUUCCCCGUGGCAGGCAGCCAAGCAAACCUGGAAGAGCAAGUGAUGCCAUACUUGGAAGCAUUCGCCACAUUCAGAGACAAGGUGAGGACGGAAGCAAGAAAGCACAAAGCUGUGGACAUUUUGAAGCUGUGCGAUGACGUGCGUGACGAUGUUCUGCCUAACCUCGGAGUCCGUCUGGAAGAUCACGAGGGUCAGGAUACCAGCAUCAAGCUCGUCGACAGGGAGAUGUUGAUGAAGGAGAGGGAGGAGAAGGUAGAGCAAGAAAGACUGAAAAAAUUACAAAAAGAAGAAAAAUUGGCCCAACAGAAGAGCAAACAAGACGUAGGGAAGCUGUCCCCAACAAAAAUGUUCACAUCCGAAACACAUCUCUACUCUGCAUUCGAUGACAAGGGCCUACCGACGCAUGAUGUCAAUGGCGAGCCGCUGAGUAAGUCGCAGUUGAAGAAAUUGCAGAAGUUGUAUGAGGCGCAAUCCAAGAAGCACGCCGAGUAUCUCAGGAGCGCACAAGAGGCCAGCGCGAAACAAUCACAGGAAUGCUCCUGAUCUUCUUGCAGUCAAUACGACGACGGCGACGAUUAUAUGUAUGUACUUAUGUAUAAUAUAAGAUUCAUGAACGGAGUAGCUAUUAUGUAACGGUGAUUGGUGAUUUUAUCUUAGGAAUUUAUGUUGUCGUGUUCAGUUAUUAAUAAAUGUACGAAUUUAUAUAACCAGUGUAGAUAUUUAAUAUUUUAAACAUAUAGGCUAAUUGUUUGAAGGUACAAUGUUAUUUUAUUUAUGAAUGUACAAUCGUAAUUCUUCCAUCUUCAAUAAAAGAUAAGAUGCUAUAGUUCAAUCUCAUCGUUUGUUUUGUUUCAUGUAUUUGAAAAUUUUACGUCUCAAUUGAACAGGAAAAUACAGUUUACUCAAUACUGAAGUGACUAGAUGUUACAAAUAUUAAAACAACAUAUAAUUAAAACAAAGCAGAGCAGACAGCAAGUUUCACAACCAUAUUGAAACACAUAAAAACUUUCUGUCCUGCACAAAUGACAUUGAAUAUUCCUAACAGUAGAUUAUGAAUAAAAAAAAUUAACGAGAAACUCAUUGCAUGGAUCGGAUACUGUCCGUCAUUUAGCGUUGUG